UCUCGACGACGCGUCUCUUCGACGUCAACGCAUCCGGGCUGGCGCAGAACCGGUGGUGGUGCUCAGUGCUUGUCGGACGGCGCUGGGACGGGAGCAUGUCGCCGCGCCCUGUACCACCGUAUAAAAGAUACCAGAGAAAAAGAGAAAUGGCUCUGUCGUGUUGUGCAGGAGGCCGCGCAGAAGGGAUGAACACAAGCGGAGUCGGAGCGUCCGGGAGGCCCCUGGGGGAUGAAUUCGAGAGCAAUUGUCCGGAAGAAACGGAAUCCGGAGUCCCCCUACCGCCGUGGGAAGCGGCAGCGGCGUCGGUCACCCUAGGCUUCCUCGUCCUGGCAACGGUCCUUGGUAACGCUCUCGUUAUUCUGAGCGUCUUCACCUACCGACCGCUACGAAUCGUCCAAAAUUUCUUCAUCGUCUCUCUGGCCGUGGCCGACCUGGCGGUGGCCCUCCUCGUAAUGCCGUUCAACGUCGCCUACCUCCUCCUCGGCAAGUGGGUAUUCGGUAUCCACCUCUGCAAGCUCUGGCUGACCUGCGACGUUCUCUGCUGCACGGCGAGCAUACUGAACCUCUGCGCGAUCGCUCUAGAUCGUUACUGGGCAAUAACGGACCCGAUAAACUAUGCCCAGAAACGCACCCUGAAACGGGUCCUCGCGACGAUCGCCUUCGUCUGGAUAUUCUCCGGGGCGAUAAGCUCCCCCCCCUUGGCCGGGUGGAACGACUGGCCGGAGGAACUCGAGCCCGGCACUCCGUGUCAGCUGACCCGCAGACAGGGUUACGUCAUCUACUCGUCCCUCGGCUCGUUCUUCUUGCCUCUACUCCUGAUGAGCCUCGUCUACCUCGAGAUAUUCCUCGCGACGAGGAAGCGGCUCCGGGAGAGGGCGAGGCAGAGCAGACUCGGCGCCGUCGCCUCGACGAGGCAUCGUUGCACCGACGACGACCCCGAGGAAUCGGUCAGCUCCGAGACAAAUCAUAACGAGAGGUCGACGCCCCGUUCCCAGGCGAAGCCGUCCCUGAUCGAGGACGGGCCGACCACCAUGACGGUAACCCUCGGAGGGGCGACGUCGACGACGACGGCGAUCGCGGCCUCCACCACGGUCUACCAAUUCAUCGAGGAACGGCAGAGGAUCUCGUUGUCGAAGGAGCGCCGCGCCGCCAGGACUCUCGGUGUUAUUAUGGGUGUUUUCGUCGUAUGCUGGCUACCCUUCUUCCUAAUGUACGUUAUCGUCCCGUUCUGCCCAGGCUGCUGCCCCACCGAGAGAAUGGUCUACUUCAUUACGUGGCUCGGUUAUGUUAACAGCGCUCUAAACCCCCUCAUAUACACGAUAUUCAAUCUCGACUACCGGAGGGCGUUCAGGCGACUCCUUCAUAUCCGUUGAAGCUCAAACCACUCGUUUCGAAUCCAUUCUGCCGACUAAAAGACCCGAUAAAUUUAACCGAAUAUUAUAGGAAGCGUCAUCCAUGCCGCUGCGAAACGGUGAGUCCGAGAUAUUGAUUACGGACUGGUUAUUUCCCCUAAAGUGAUUCGCCGCUUCGUCGAUAUCAUUCACGUUUUCUGUAUACGUGACAUAUACUUUUCUCCGCUUAU